UACACGAGACGCGCGCUUCGACGGUCCAUAAAUUUUCGAUUUUUCGAAAAUCGAACGCGAUUGCCUUUAAGUUUUUAAUUAAUUUCAAAUGUGAGCAAGACAUACAAGUUAUAAAUUCUGUGAAAGUUUAUCAUGUGGUGAUUUUACGUAAAUUAAAAUAAAAUUUGUUACUCUUAUACAGAGGAAAAUGUGCUAGAAGCAAGUAGACAGCUCCAUACGGCAUACAGUAUGCUUAUUGAACAACCUCUAAUAUGGCUGGCGAAAAUACUCAAUGGCGGACUCACCAACCAGUUCCUAAUGGCGAUCAUGGUGACGAUCCCAGUCCUGAACUUCGGCAUGCUCAUGGGGUGGCAGUCCCCCAUGACGCCGCUGCUGCAGGCGGCGGACGGGCCCGCGGGCGAGGCCAUCUCAGAUGACACCAUCUCGUGGAUGGCUUCCGUCACGUUCUUCCCGCCGAUAUUCUGCGGCGUGUUCGUGGGCAAACUGACCGACCGAUGGGGAAGGAAACCGACCACGAUACUCACGUCGCUGAUGCUUGUUAUAAGCUGGGUGAUCACGAUAUUCUCCCUCAAGCCGUGGGCGCUGAUCACGUCUCGCGCCGUGGCCGGCCUGGCCUGCGCGGGCUGCUACGUUGUCACACCACUGUACUUAAAAGAAAUAGCAUCGGACAACGUGCGCGGCGCUCUGGGCUCGCUGUUCAUCCUCUCCCAGAACCUGGGCUACCUGAUAGUGUACGUGGCGGGAGACGUGUUCUCCUUCGCCGCGGUCCUGUACCUGUGCACCGCCAUACCCGUCGUCCACACCCUGCUGUUCCUGGUCAUGCCGGAGACGCCGGUCUUCUUGGUCAAGCAGGGGAAGAUUCAGGAAGCCCGCGCUUCUCUGGCAUGGUUGAGGAAUUCCUCAGUCGAAGACAAAAACUUGGAGGAAGAAAUCCAGCAGAUGGAAAAUGAGGAGCAGUACGCUAGAUCCAUGAAGAAGACAACGUGGAAGAGCAUCGUUCAAGACAAGACCACGUUCAAGGCGUUCCGGAUCUCACUGAACGUGAUGCUGUCGCAGGAGACGUGCGGGUACCUGGUGGUGCUGAUGUACGCGGGCUCCAUAUUCGAGCAGGCCGCAGAGUCCAUCAGCCUCACGCUCAGCCCCAACAAGCAGACCAUCGUGGUCGGUGCCAUACAGCUGCUCGGCUCCAUCGUCGCUAGCUGCAUCGUAGAGAAAACUGGACGGAAGUGGUUGCUGGCGAGCACAUCGUUCGUGACGGGUCUCUCAAUGCUAGCGCUGGGGGCGUGGUUCUACAUCACUGGCAUGGGCGUGUGGCUGCCGGGCUGGCUGCCGGUGCUGGCCAUGUGCCUGUGUAUCUUCGCCGAUGCCGCCGGCUACCAGCCUGUGCCUUACGUCAUCACAUCCGAACUGUUCUCCUUUCAGCAUCGAGGCAUGGUAACCUCCUUUGUGAGCAGCGUGGAUGCGUUAAGCGACUUCCUCCAAACGAAAGCCUACGAUCCUCUCCUCAAACUCCUGGGAAUCCACUGGGUCUUCAUAAUGUUCUCCGUCGUAUGUUUCCUGGGCACCCUUUACACCGUGCUCUACGUACCGGAGACCAAGGACAGAACCGUAGAGGAGAUCUACGCCAUCCUCGACGGCAGGCAGAAGGAGAAGAGGAAAGAUCCGGAGAACGACUCCAAAAUCCUUCAAAAUUUAAUCGAACUUCCCAUAUAAAGCAUUUUAUAUGGGGAAGUCUUUUUAUUAGGAGAACUAGAAGAUAUUAGACAUCAUAAUUUAUAACGCUUGCGCAUGCGUCCGGACUUCGUUUGACUUCUGUUUUUGGUCAUUAGUCGUACCUUUUACAACUUGUAACCUAAUAAGUAGUCUAUGGCGUAAGGAAGUAGGUUCAAUAAGAAUCCUAAAUCGUUUUCAAAAAUUAUAAAUAAGAUCCUAAAUUGGAGUUUGGAGAUAAUACUAAUAGAGAUUAAUUUUGCAGUCUAAGAUCCUUCGUAUGCGCAAGACCUUUGUUAUAACUUCUUUAAAUAAUACCUACGGCCUACCUCAUGAUCCAAAUACCGAGUUGUCAGAAUAUUGACGUUUUAAAAUAUCACGUUUCAGCUGUCUGCUCGCAUGAUUCUCAUAAUGCGGGUCGUACUGAUUGCAUUCU